AGUCAACCAUGAGGAUUCUCUCCUGUCCGUCAACUCUUGUGGCUGUAGUCGUGGUUACAUUCACUGUGGUGUCCUGUGCUGAAGCUAAGACCACACAGAAGCCAAAGUACCAGUACACGAAGAAGCCCAUCCAACACAUCACCGUGCACAGCCCUGUGACCACCAGCAUGCCGAAGACUCACAAGAUAGUGCCAACAGCAAAUCCUGUGGAGCCCCAGCCCCAGCCCGCCACAGAGAGGACCACCUAUCCAAAUCAGGUCUAUCCGCAGUACUACACAGAGAACACUGAGCCUCCUGGUGCUGGACCUGAGAAUUACACUCUGGAUUACAAUGAGUGCUACUUCAACUUCUGUGAGUGCUGUCCACCUGAGAGAGGCCCCAGGGGGCCAAAGGGAGACAGAGGCCUGGAAGGGCCACCAGGUGAAAGAGGCCUUUCAGGGGCAGCUGGUUUACCUGGACCACCAGGAAUGAGCGGUCCUAUGGGGUUAAGAGGAGACAAAGGGGAUAAAGGUGACAGAGGAAGCAGCGGGGUGGGUGGCCCACCAGGACUCCCAGGAAAACCAGGACAAAAAGGUGAAGUUGCCUCAAAAGGUGAGAAAGGUGAAAUAGGGUUGCAAGGUAUCAAAGGUGAGAGUGGGGUGAAAGGGGAACCUGGACAGAAUGGGAGUGCUGGUGAGAAAGGAGAACCUGGAAAAGAGGGGCCGGCUGGACCUCCAGGAGAGGCCGUUCAGUUGGGUCCUAAAGGAGACAAGGGGGAUAAGGGGGAGUGUGGCACGUUCGGGGAGAGAGGACAGAAAGGUGAGCGAGGGGAUCCCGGGUCUCCUGGCAUUCCAGGAGGGAUGGGCAUUCCUGGAAUAAAUGGCAAACAUGGGGCCCCAGGUCCUGUAGGCAUCCGAGGGGAUCAGGGACCUCCUGGACCACCGGGAGAACCAGGAUUUAGAGGACCUCAGGGACCACAAGGAAUAAGAGGGAUGCCUGGGCCAAAAGGGGACAGAGGUUACCCUGGGAUGAGAGGUGACCGGGGCUUUCGUGGACUCAAAGGAGCAAAGGGAUCAGGGGUUCCCCAGAAACGCUCAGCCUUCAGUGUGGGUAUCUCUCCAAGAAAGUCCUUCCCUCCCUCUGGUUUCCCAGUCCGCUUCGACAAAGUCUUCUACAAUGAAGAGAACCACUUCAAUCUUACAUCCAACAGCUUCACAUGUGUCCACGCUGGGGUUUACAUCUUCUCCUUCCACAUCACCGUACGCAAUCAGCCACUGCGAGCCACACUAGUAGUGAACGGGUCACGGCGGGUAAGGACCCGAGACUCUCUGUACGGUCAAGACAUCGACCAGGCAUCCACUCUGGUGGUGCUGCGGCUGGCGGUGGGUGAUCAGGUGUGGAUGGAGACGCUCAGAGACUGGAAUGGGGCAUAUGCCAGCAGUGAGGAUGACAGCAUCUUCUCUGGGUUUCUGCUUUACUCAGACAACAUUUGAUCCUCUGCUAAAAAACUCUUCCUCUGCUGGACUAUUUCAGCUUCAAAAGGACAACUACUGGUGGUGCUACACUUAACUCUUUACUUAA